AUGGCGGAAGCUCUUAGUGAACGCGAAUUGAGAAGGAUAUUAAGAGAUAAGGCAAGAGAAAGGAUCUUGCAACAAGAAAAGGAAAGGAAAGAGGAACAGGAGAGGCAGCGGUGGACUGAUAUAGAAAGGAUAGAAUAUGAAGAGAUGCAAUAUCAAAUUCCAGAAAAUAUCUUCGUAACUGAUCAUGGAAAUGAAAUAAACCAAUCAAAUGGAAAUGAAAGUGAUAGAGAAAGUGAUAUAUCUGAACUUGACACAACAGAUGAAUUUCUUCAUGAUUCAACAGCUAGAGAUAUACAAGAAAUGCAAUGCUAUAAAGCACCAAGUCUUCAGUCACAAAGAAAUGAAAGCAAUUCUAUGGAGAGAGAAACAAGACAAGAUGGCAGUAGCACUGAUAGGCAAAAUAGUAUAAGAGAAGGAAGGAGUGGUUAUACACAUAAAAUAGUGACACUGAAAAAAGAGGAUAGCAAGGAUAGGAAAGGUGCUAGGGAAAGUAAGCAGACAGAAGUGAAAGCUGAUAGAAAUCAGGAAUAUACUUACUAUAGAAACUAUGAAAAGGAAGGAAAGUCUUUACUUAGAAGCAAUACUGAACGAAAGGUGUAUAAAGGUGAACAGAGAGUAAGAGAUAUAAGUUUGGAAGUUGAUAAAGUCAAACAUGAAAUGGAAGAGAUAAGAAGUCAAUCAAGUAAAUAUGAAAGACAAAGCUUGAAGUUAAGGAAACUUCAACUUGAGGAGGAGCAGAAACAACAGUUAAUUAAAGAGAAUGAUAGAAAGUUACAAGAAGAAAUAGAAAACAAGAAAAGAGCAGAACAAGAGUUGAUAGAAAUAGAAAAGAUAAAUCUAUUAGAGUGGAAGACUGGAAAGAGAAAUGUUUGUCAGGAGAAAGGAGGACGAAACAUUAAAUAUGAAAAUUAG